UUUUAAUCCCUGCGCUCUCCUGUCAGUCCUUACUUAUCUGGCACUGCUCCUCGAGCUUCCCUCCUCUCUUGUCGCCGAUCCACGGUAACGCUCCUCCAGCCAUUGCUCGUUUAGGCUCCAUUAGAGCUCGGUUGAUCUUCUCUCUUGAUCUUUGAUCUCUUGCCAGGCGGAUGAAGGUGGAAUUGAUCGGUUUUGAAGGGAUUGAGGUGGGGUUUUGAGGUUUUAAGGUUUGGAUCGAUGAAUACUGGGGGGAGGUUGGUUGCUGGAUCUAGGAACCGGAAUGAGUUCGUUGUCAUCAAUGCGGAUGAGUUUGGCCGGCCAAAGCCUUUGCAAGAGGUGGUUUUGCAGAAUUGCCAGAUCUGUGAUGAUGUUAUUGAGCUAAUAUUCAAUGAGACAACCAAUGAGAAAGAGUUGUUUGUGGCCUGCAAUGAGUGUGCAUUUCCAGUGUGCAGAACUUGCUAUGAGUAUGAGAGAAGAGAAGGCACUCAAGCCUGUCCACAGUGCAAGACCCGAUAUAAGCGCCACAAAGGCAGUCCUAGAGUGGAGGGUGAUGAGGAUGAAGAUGCGGCUGAUGAUUUGGAUAAAGAAUUCAGCUUUAAUAAUCCUAAUUGGCAUGAAUCAUCUGACGCCAAGAUUACUGCCCAUUCUGGUCAAGGAUAUGGUUUUUUCAGCAUGUCUGGUGUUGCCACUUCUAGUCUAUGGCAACCUGGCUCCAGUAUCAACCCAGAUGUUCCUCUCCUUACCUAUGGUGAAGAGGUUGAUGGUAUAUCUCCUGAUCACCAUGCUCUCGUCGUCCCUGCAUAUGUUGGUUUUGGAGGGAAGUCUCAUUCAGUGUCUCCUCAGGGCUCAUCUUUUUCCUUACAACCUAGAGCGAUAAACCCUGACAAGGACAUAGCAGUAUAUGGCUAUGGCACCGUGGCAUGGAAGGAUCGUAUUGCUGAGUGGAAGAAAAAACAGCUUGAUGAUGUUCAAAAGGCUCAACUUGAAAAUGGAUAUGGUGUUGGUCCAAGUGGAGAUGGGCCUGAUGAUUCUGAUCUGCCAAUGACGGACGAGAGCAGGCAGCCACUAUCAAGGAAGCUACCCAUUUCUUCCAAUCAGAUAAAUCCUUAUCGGAUAAUAAUCAUACUUAGGCUCGUGGUGCUUGGCUUCUUUUUCCACUAUAGAAUUUUACAUCCGGUUCCAGAUGCUUAUGGUUUGUGGCUGACAUCAGUUAUAUGUGAAAUAUGGUUUGCUAUAUCAUGGGUUUUGGAUCAAUUCCCAAAAUGGUACCCAAUAGAGCGAGAAACUUACUUGGACCGUUUGUCAUUGAGGUAUGAGAAAGAUGGGAAGCCCUCUGAGUUGGCGGAUAUUGAUAUAUUCGUUAGCACAGUUGAUCCUAUGAAAGAACCUCCACUGAUCACUGCAAAUACAGUUUUAUCCAUUCUUGCAGUGGAUUAUCCUGUCAAUAAAGUUUCAUGCUAUGUCUCAGAUGAUGGUGCUGCUAUGCUUACAUUUGAAGCACUCUCUGAAACUUCUGUAUUUGCUAAAAAGUGGGUCCCAUUCUGCAAAAAGUUCAACAUUGAGCCUCGUGCUCCUGAAUGGUAUUUUGCUCAGAAAAUCGACUAUCUUAAAGACAAAGUUCAUCCUGACUUUGUGAAAGAACGACGUGCAAUGAAGAGGGAAUAUGAGCAAUUUAAGGUUCGGAUUAAUGCGUUGGUAGCCAUGGCUCAGAAGGUUCCAGAAGAAGGGUGGACAAUGCAGGAUGGAGCUCCAUGGCCUGGAAAUAAUGUCAGGGACCAUCCAGGAAUGAUUCAGGUCUUUCUAGGUCAUAAUGAUACCUUGGAUGAGGAUGGCUAUCGCAUGCCUCGUCUUAUUUAUGUUUCCCGAGAAAAAAGACCAGGAUUUAAUCAUCACAAGAAAGCGGGUGCCAUGAAUGCACUGGUGAGGGUCUCAGCAGUUAUAUCAAAUGCUCCCUACAUACUUAAUGUUGAUUGUGACCAUUAUAUAAAUAACAGCAAAGCACUUAGAGAAGCCAUGUGCUUUAUGAUGGAUCCAAUUUCAGGGAAAAAGGUUUGUUAUGUACAGUUUCCUCAGAGAUUUGAUGGAAUUGAUCUGCACGACAGAUAUUCAAAUCGGAAUGUUGUUUUCUUUGAUAUCAACAUGAAAGGUCUUGAUGGGAUACAAGGGCCGAUUUAUGUUGGCACUGGAUGCGUUUUCAGGAGACAAGCUCUAUAUGGUUUUGAUGCUCCUGUCAAGGAGAAGCCGCCUGGAAAGACUUGCAACUGUUGGCCGAAAUGGUGUUGCUUGUGUUGUGGAGGUAAAAGGAAAAAUAGGAAGGGAAAGUUGAAGCAAGAUAAGAAGAAGAGAAAGAAGUCGAAGCAACGAGAGGCAUCUACUCAAGUGCAUGCACUUGAGAGAAUUGAUGAAGGAUGUGAAACUGAGGAGUCAUCAUUUGUGCCGAGGCAAAAGCUUGAGAAGAAAUUUGGGCAAUCACCGGUAUUUGUUGCUUCGACUCUUCAGGAGAAUGGUGGACUUGGUCAGGGUGUUAGCUUUGCUUCAUGCUUGGGUGAAGCCAUGCAUGUCAUUAGCUGUGGCUAUGAAGAUAAAACCGAGUGGGGUAAAGAGGUUGGUUGGAUUUAUGGGUCUGUCACUGAGGAUAUAUUGACUGGCUUCAAGAUGCACUGCCAUGGCUGGCGGUCUGUUUACUGCAUUCCCAGAAGACCGGCGUUCAAAGGAUCUGCUCCAAUCAACCUGUCAGACCGUCUUCAUCAAGUUUUACGGUGGGCUCUUGGAUCUGUUGAAAUUUUUCUAAGCAAGCAUUGCCCAAUUUGGUAUGGAUAUGGUGGUGGUUUGAAAUGGUUGGAGAGAUUUUCCUACAUAAAUUCAGUCGUCUAUCCAUGGACGUCUAUUCCAUUGAUUGUGUACUGCACCUUGCCAGCAAUCUGCCUGCUCACUGGGAACUUUAUCAUUCCAGAGAUCAGCAACUAUGCAAGCAUAGUAUUCAUGGCUCUCUUCUUAUCUAUUGCGGCAACUGGCAUUCUUGAGAUGCAAUGGGGCCAUGUAGGCAUAGAUGAUUGGUGGCGGAACGAGCAAUUCUGGGUGAUCGGUGGUGUCUCAUCUCAUUUCUUCGCCCUUUUACAAGGCCUGCUUAAGGUUAUUGCUGGAGUGGAGACCAACUUCACUGUCACAUCUAAAGGCGGUGAUGAUGGAGAUUUCUCAGAGCUUUACAUAUUCAAAUGGACAUCCUUGUUAAUUCCUCCGAUCACACUGCUUGUACUUAACAUCAUUGGGGUCAUAGCCGGAGUAUCUAAUGCCAUCAACAACGGUUACGAGUCAUGGGGCCCCUUAUUUGGCAAACUCUUCUUUGCCGUAUGGGUCAUACUUCAUCUCUAUCCAUUCCUCAAAGGAUUGAUGGGGAAACAAGACAAGGUCCCGACGAUCAUUGUUGUUUGGUCGAUACUUCUUGCUUCAAUAUUUUCACUCCUAUGGGUUCGGGUGAACCCAUUCAUCGCCAAAUCAGACGGCCCUAUUCUUGAAGUUUGUGGAUUGGAUUGUGAUUGAGCUCCAGAUGGAGUUACUCCAUUUUUAACAUAUUCAGGCUUUACAUAAAGAGUGCUCUAACCUCCGCCGAGGCCACUCAUGUUAUUCUUUAGAUGAGAGCCGAGGAACAACAAUGAAACAAGAAAAAAGGUGGAAAAUUUUUGGUUGUUGUCUGUGUAGAUAUAAGGGAUGAAAGCUGACUUAUUUUGUUUUCGAUUUCGGAAUGUCAUUGAUUAUUUUUUCAAAUACUCACUGGUUUUUGUCAGUGUUUCGGACUUGUGUAAACUGAAGGGAGAUUUUUUGGGGUUUGAGGUAGACUUAAUUUGACACUGCUUAUAAUUUAUUCCCCUUUUCAGUAAGGGAUGUUAUAUUUUAACUGGUACUUAAAUAUUUGUAUUUUGUGGGA